AUGUACCACCUCUCCGCGGUGAUGGGGAUCAACGACCAUUUAUGGCGGCAACGUCAUAAAUGGCGGCUAACGGUACACCGGUCACGCAGUUCGCCUUGCUUUUAUGCUAAUAGAAUGGGCGGUCCUCCUAGCCCUGGCAAGGCAACGAGGAUAACCAGACCACAAAAAAGCUAAAACACGUUCAACAAGACGGCCCCAGUCCUCCGCCCGUCGGUCACGCGCCUCUCCGGUAUCGGGGGCUGCCUCUGCCGACGAGGGGCGAUCAAAUCUCGGAGCAACAGGAUACCAUAGAAACGGACUACGGACGCGCCACGGUGACUGUCUACGUUUCGGAACCCUCAACUGCCGCUCGCUCGCUUCCGAUGCAGCAAAAGAGCAAUUGCUCGCGGCAAACCGAAACGCACUCAUCGACAUAGUGGCGCUCCAGGAAACAAAAAUCUCAAGACACCAGCUGUAAGACUUGGCCAAAUGGUGAACUUCUCAUCCUCGGCCACAAAGUCCCUGGGAAGAACGUCGGCGGCGUCGGUUUCCUCGUCAAUCGCUCGGUCCAACACCUCGUCGACUCGCACGAAAUCGUCAACGCCCGCCUCGGCAUCCUCCGACUCAACCUAGGAAAACGAGGAAGACUCACCAUCAUCAACGUCUACUCGCCGACCUCACCAGAAGCCGAAUCUAAGGCUAAAAGGGAAGAGAAGGAAAAGGAACUUGACGAUUUCUACCGGAAGCUCGAGGAAACGAUCCAACGAGAGAAGGCGUACUACAUCUUCGUUCUGGGUGACUUCAACGCGAAGAUGGGCAAGUGCGCCACUCCCUCGAUUCGUCACGGGAAGCACGGACUCGGAAUUCGGAACGACAACGGAGAACGCCUAGCCGAACUUCUCGACUCCAGAAGGCUCUACCACGGCAACUCUCUUCGAGAAGCCUGAUCGGAGACGCUGGACCUGGAAAUCGCCCAACGGAGACACCACCAACGAGAUCGACCACAUUCUGGCCAACCGGAAAUGGUCUCUCCUCGACGUUGCCGUACUACCCAGUUUCGACGUUGGAUCCGACCAUCGACUCGUUCGCGCCAAGGUCCGUCUGAACCAGAAGUUCCUGAAGAAAGACUACCACCAGCCAUCGAGACCGAGAAGACCAACCUACGACAUCACCACGUUGGAGGAGAAGAUCUCGGAGCACGACUGGCAGCUUCUCGACGACCCGACAGCCGACUACGAAUCCCUCUGCGAUGGCCUCAUCAGAUGUGCAGAACCUGCAGCUCGACCAACCUCGUCUCUACCGCCGCGACUCGACCAACUAGCGAAAGAUCUGCUGCGAAGAAGAGGAGAAGUCAGACGAGACCCGCAGGCCACGCACCUGGAACGUCUGACGAUCGACAAAGCCUGCAGAAUGGCCGUGCAAGAGUCUCUAGCCAACCGACGCAGGAGUGCACUCCUUCAGACAGCUGAGAAACGUCAAAGCCUCAAGAAGAAGAAGUUCGAGCUCGUCGACGAGCGAACGGUGAUGACAGCACUGAAGGACGAGAACGGCCAGCUGAAGACGUCAAGGAACGAGAUGGAGCGCCUGACGGUCGACUUCUACACGAAACUCUUCCGAAGCGACGUUCCUGUCGACACCGACUCAAAGGUAGAUGCCUCCCCGCCACUCAGAGGAUGACGUGGCUGGCUCGCCAGGGGAAAGGUCCAUUAGGAGCCAUUCCAUUACCUGUCUAGCCAGCCACGUCGUUCGCCUCCAAACCAUUUAACCUUUCAUUCUUUUUCAUUUUUUUACUCAUUCUUAUUGUUUAUUUGAAUUUAUUACUUUAUCGUUAUAAUUUGUUCGCGGAAUAUUUAUGAUAAAGGUUUAAUUACCCAAGUUUGAGGUUGAACGGAUCGCUGUCCGACCCGCACUCAACGCUCACUCAGGAAGACCCGCGUGGCAGGCAACAACACCGCUAAGCAGGGAGCGGCAACGAAAAAGAGUCAGUUUCUACAUUUUCUCAAAUCAAGAGAAAUUCAGUAGGACUCAAUUUGACUCUUUUCCUCAACCUACUCAUCUAGCUCAGACAAAAAACCAUAGUCAUCCCCUUUUUAUGGUGCAUCGGCUAAAGUAGGAAAACAUCAUGGCGACUCCAUUCAGACUGUUCAAAACACAGCUGACAAAGUCGGAUAACUGGUUAACUCAAUGCGAAAAAGAAGCUCAACAGUUGCUGGACUUAGAGUCACUCACUCAGAGCGUGGCUCUCUCAGAUCUUCGCAAAAAGGGAGGACAUACUCAAUCAACGUCUAGAAACGGUUCAGCAUGCGCUUGAAAAAUUUUUGCCACGGCGUUUGAUGAAGCUUACCCUCAACCAACAGCAGACGAGGAGGAGAAAUUGGAAACUCGAAUUGACGCAACACUUCGAAUUCAAGAGAAGGCAACAUCGACCCUCGUCAGCCUCAGAGCUCACAUCCAGGAACGAGCUUCAUCAGAAGGGAGCAGGACGACAACAAGGUCAAAUCAACCAUCGAAUCCCAUUUCAACUUCAAUUCAAGCGCCAAGUUUGCCAGCUUUAAAAAUUCCAGUCUAUAAGGCGAUUUAGAAACUUGGAAUACAUUUUGGGUCAUAUUUGAAGAAACAAUUCACAAAAACCCACAUCAUAAAAUAAUCAAAUUCAGUCACCUUUUGAACUCACUACAAGGUCCGCCAUUAGAUCUAGUACGUCAAUUCAGGGUGACAGAAAACAAUUACGACCUGGCCAUCAAAUUGCUACAGGAAACAUAUGGCAACGAGAGCAGCGCCAUCACGAAUCUCUACCGAGACUUCUUGACUAUUGAAGGAAAAGGACUCGACACAAAAGCACAGAAAGAGCUCCUGCAGUCAUGCAAAAUCAUCAUCAACCAACUAGUGGGAUAUGGAGAGAACCUCAACUCACUGCUCCACACUCAAAUGAUGGUAGAAAAGUUCAAUACUCAGAUCCGCCGAGACGUCCUAGCCCAUGAGUUAGCCAUAGAAGAAAAAGAUUGGACCAUAAAUCUUGUGUGUACUGCGUUGGAAGCAGCAAUUCGUAGAGAAGAACGCGUUCGAAACCAAGGAAUCAGAAUCGAAUCCAAGACGACGAAAACUUCUCAAGCUCCAAAUUACUCAGACCACAGUCAGAGGGAGAGCAACAACUCAAGCUCAAACCGUCCAAUGCAGAAAGGCAAAUCAUCCAUGGAGCAGAAGACAGGAACAGGACUUACCUGCUAUUUCUGCGAAGAAAAACAUCUCUCAUACAAAUGUCGUAAGUUUCCUGACGUGCAAUCCAGGAACGACCAAAUCAUAAAGGUCAAAAAAUGCAUCAGAUGCCUUCAAAGGGGCCAUCUUUUCAAAGACUGCAAGGCACCCUUGUGCAAAAGAUGUACUGACGGGAAACAUCAUCAUCUUCUUUGUAAGAAAGAUUUAUCCAGUUCAGUCCAAAGGCAAGAAGCAACAGGAGCAACUCAGGCCACAGUAAGCCGCAGCAGCAGGACGCCUACGCUUUCACUCAAAAAUCGAGCAGAAAAACAGUCUCUUUCGAGGAAAGGGAAGGACGCUGA